AUGGUUGAACUGCGUAAGCGCAAAGCUCCUGCGCCGCCUCCCGUUGUGGAGAAAAAGAGCAAGCCAGCCCCCAAAUCCAAGGCGGCUGACAUCCCAAAGGAGGCCACCAAGGAGACCAAGGAAGCCCCGAAGUCGACCGUACCUGCAGUGGGCGACAUUAUCGACCUCGAUACCUUUGGCGGUGAAAUUGAGACCAAUGACGGUACCAAGACUACUCUGAAGAAGUUGGUCGAGGAGAGCAAGUCUGGCGUGGUCUUGUUCACUUAUCCCAAGGCUUCUACCCCUGGCUGCACCAAGCAAGUCUGCUUAUUCCGCGAUAACUACACACAUCUGACUUCAACUGGAUUGGCCAUCUACGGUCUCUCGGCCGAUUCCCCCAAGGCCAAUACCACCUUCAAGACCAAGCAGAAUCUGACCUAUUCCCUCCUCUGCAACCCCAGUGCCACCCUCAUUGGUGCCAUAGGAUUCAAGAAGACGCCAAAGGGAACCACUCGCGGCGUGUUCGCCGUGGACAAGAAGGGCAAGGUCUUGCUUCGCGAAGCUGGCGGUCCCGAUGCCACUGUGGAUGCCGUUCAGAAACUGGUCUCGCAAGACUCCGCCAAGGGUGAAGCGAAGGAGGAGGCUGGUGACGACGCUGAAGCUAAGUAG